AACAACAAUCAUCUCUUCUUCCCCAACUCGCCACUGCCGCCUCAGCUUCCGCCUCCGCCUUCGGCUCCUUAGCCAUGGCGGCGGCUGCUGUGCCUGGGGCGAGCAAGGCGAGCGUGCUUGCCUCUCCUCCUCCCGGGUGGUCUUCCCUACGACCUAGCAUUUGGGUGCCGUAACGGCCUACGCGAUCAAUUUGGGGUUUGUUAGGGUUCGGGAUUUCUUAGGGUUCUACGACGAUGUAUGCCCGCGAUGCCACCUCAACCACGAACUCUUCCAACAUUUGUUCUUCGAGCGCCCGAGCAGUACAGCAAUCUGGUGUCGGCACAGCCCCGCCCGUUUCGGGCUCCUCGCCGUGCGACGCCACACCUCGGACUCACCCUGCCGUUCCCCAUCUGCCUGGGCGUGUUCCUAACCGUCCUUUAGAAAAUUUGGGAAUCUCGAAACAAUCUUGUAUUUCGGAACACUAGUAGUUUACUCAUAUCUGUAACUAUGGUAGCCGCCGUGAUUAUUGUGCUAAUUUUGGAUCAGAAAAACCCCCGCUUUUACUUUUCUUGGUGUGAUUUAGAUAUGAAAUUGAUAUAUGCUUGUUAUGUUCCAAGUCGCUCUUUCCAAUAAUAAUAUUUAUUGCGUCUGUGUGGGAGGCUUUGGUGCUCUAUUUUAUUCUGGUUUAUCUAUAUCUAUUAAUUUCAAUUGAUUUUGUAAUUAUGAAUGAUGUGUCUGAUAUAUCUCGUUUUGAUCUUGUGUAUGACAGUCUGGUGCUCCAUUUCUAAAUUAAAACUAAGUGAUGCACUUGCAUAUUACUACAGUGCAAAUUCAUGUGUUCUGUUUUGAUGUUUUGCAUUAUUUUGUUCUGGAAAGAAUUAAGACCGAGUGCUUUCAUGCAGAAAGGGCCUGUUAAGGAGAAUGACGAGAAUGGCAAGCUGUUUCCACUGAGCGGGCUGUUAAAAAUAUGUUGGUUCAUUAAUUGUCAAUGUCUUAUUUCUGAUUUUACUGUGAAUAAUCGAUAGAUUUACAAUCCUUUGUACAGGCGUUGUUGGCGUUUCUGAAGGCAAUGUUAGAUGUAGCAGUUAGAGGAGUUACAGUACUCAAUGUAUACAGUGCCAUUUGCGUCAUUUUCUGGGCAAAAACUCCUGUGAACACCGUACUGAAGGCUGCAAUGGUCGAACUUCCGUUCUCGGUUUUCCCGAUUUUAUUACUCAUACGCAGUGUCAUCAAGUUGGUUGAGCAAGGUAGCUGUAGUGUGGAUAUGGGUGCCACGCUCUUAUUAUCUGAAAUCAUAUAUAUCUAUUUGCUUGGGGGCAUGACGACCAUAGUGAUGUUUGAAGCAUCAAAACUCUUUGUCGCUUCUGUAACCAAAUGUAUUGAUUUGCAUCUUCAUGAAGCUGUGGUUUGGUCUUUCCAACCAUCCAAAGUAUUUGAGGGUCAUCAACUCCAACCGUCAAGAUCUUGAGAAUUCACUCAUCAUGGUUCCAAAACCAGAUGCCAAGGUGGCAGCAGGGAUUCCAGCGAAGUCAAUUAACAUAUUUCUUGACAUUUGCUGGGUGCUGUACUUGGUAUUCACCCUUGGGUUCAUGCUGGUGCUGGCCAUCCUCGCUGAGAAGUGGUGGCACGCCCUGGCGGGGAUCUGUGUCAUGUCCCCCAUCCAUGUAUUGGGGCUCUACUUGACAUCAUAUCUGAGAGAUAGGAUGUAGUUGAGUAGCUGUAUGUUGGCCCUGCACUUAGCUUUUUUAUGGUAUUGUGCGCUGCCUUGUAAAUCUGACAGUCACCGGUUCGGCUGGUACCACUUGAUGUAUAGAACCUAUAUUGACAACUGUAGCCGCGCCUGUCAUCUCUGCAUAAGAGCACGCCCCUAAAAAAUUUGGAAUAUCAUUGUUACUCACAGCAGAAAAGUUUGUGAA